UAUUAUUCAAGUAGAAAAAAAUCUGAAACUGUUAUGUUAAGGAAUGAACUUCAAGUGCAGAAUGUUUUUAAGGGAGAUAUUUACAAGGGAGACUUAACAGUAAGCAACAGUGUCAAGAAAUUACUUGACGAUUCUAUGGUGCUCUUUAAUCGGUUACAACUAAACAACGAAGAAUUUAUUCUCCUUCGCGCAAUAAUUUCUUCACAUUUUGUCUCAUCUGGUCUAAGUCAGUAUGGCCGACAAUUAUUACUAAAUGAGGCAGAGAAAUAUUGUGAUAUAUUGAUGAAAAUGUUACAGAAUCGCUAUGGACCAUUCCUGGGUGCUAGAAGAUAUGCAGAAUUGUUUCAUUUAGUUGAAUUUUGCUUCAACUGUGGAAACAAUCAUUGCCUUUUACUAAAUUAUCUGGCAUAUGUAACAGAUCGAGAUUAUUUCCAUAAAUCGAUGCCUGAGGCACUUGUUGAUCUUUGUCUUAGGUGCAAAACAUAA